CACUUAAGUUUAUUAUGAGGCCUCCCAAAUUGCACAAACCUAACACUAAGCAAAACUUUGCCAGUUAGGGAGCAAACUCUAAUUCCCAGGAUUCCGCGGGUUGAAGGAGCAGGCUGUCAAUGGAUGCAACUACAAUUCCCAGAAUUCCGUGAGACAAGUGGGUGGUUCUGGCCUCGGGCUGGGGCGGCUGAACCCAGGAUCCUGCGCACGUGCACAAGCUUCCUCACGGGGCUCGUCAGCUGGGGAGACGCACGGAAGGCUCUUGUGAGCCGGGUGGCGACGGACCGGUCUGCGCGGCGGAGCCUGCGUUCCCUGCCUGGGCCUUCACGGCUCAGAGCGGGCGGCGGCGGCGGCGGUUUCGACCAAAAACGGCUCUUCGGAGGGCCAGCCUGGAAGCUUCAUUCAGCCCAGCGGAACCCGGGCUACGGGUGCAGGCCUCUGCUGGUCCUCAGGUUGCCCGCAGGGAUGGGUAAGGCCUUCCAGGCCCUUGACACUUCCUAGGGGCCAUUGUCCCACUAGGGUCCCUCAGCAGCGCUAGGAUGCACCUCUCAGCCGUGCUCAACGCCCUCCUGGUGUCGGUGCUGGCGGCGGUGCUGUGGAAGCAUGUGCGGCUGCGCGAGCAUGCAGCCUCACUGGAGGAGGAGCUGGUGCUCGGCCGUCGGGCCCCUGAGCCGACCCCUACGCUGCGCAUCGACUACCCGAAGGCUUUGCAGAUCCUGACAGAGGGUGGCACGCACAUGGUGUGCACCGGCCGCACGCACACCGACCGCAUCUGCCGCUUCAAGUGGCUCUGCUACUCCAGCGAGGCAGAGGAGUUCAUCUUCUUCCACGGCAACGCCUCUGUCAUGCUGCCCAGCCUGGGCUCCCGGCGCUUCCAGCCGGCCCUACUUGACCUAUCCACCGUGGAGGACCACAACACCCAGUACUUCAACUUCGUGGAGCUGCCGGCCGCCGCCCUGCGCUUCAUGCCCAAGCCUGUGUUCGUGCCCGAUGUGGCCCUGAUUGCCAACCGCUUCAACCCCGACAAUCUCAUGCACGUCUUCCACGACGACCUGCUGCCCCUCUUCUACACGCUGCGCCAGUUCCCCGGGCUGGCCCGUGAGGCCCGGCUCUUUUUUAUGGAGGGCUGGGGUGAGGGCGCCCACUUUGACCUCUAUAAGCUGCUCAGCCCCAAGCAGCCCCUCCUGCGGGCACAGCUGAAGGCCCUGGGCCGACUGUUGUGCUUUUCCCACGCCUUUGUGGGCCUCUCCAAGGUCACCACCUGGUACCAGUACGGCUUCGUCCAGCCCCAGGGCCCGAAGGCCAACAUCCUCGUCUCAGGCAACGAGAUCCGGCAAUUUGCACGGUUCCUGACGGAAAAGCUGAAUGUGAGCCACGCAGGGGGCGCCCUGGGCGAGGAGUACAUCCUGGUCUUCAGCCGCACCCAGAACAGACUCAUCCUGAAUGAGGCAGAGCUGCUGCUGGCCCUGGCGCAGGAGUUCCAGAUGAAGACGGUGACAGUGUCCCUGGAGGACCAUGCCUUUGCAGAUGUCGUGAGACUGGUCAGCAACGCCUCCAUGCUGGUCAGCAUGCACGGGGCCCAGCUGGUCACUGCCCUCUUUCUGCCCCGAGGGGCCACCGUGGUGGAACUUUUUCCUUACGCCGUCAACCCUGACCACUACACCCCCUAUAAGACGCUGGCUACGCUGCCUGGCAUGGACCUCCAGUACAUAGCCUGGCGGAACACGAUGCCCGAGAACACAGUCACGCACCCGGAACGGCCCUGGGACCAGGGGGGCAUCGCCCACCUAGACCGUGCAGAGCAGGCUCGCAUCCUGCAAAGCCAGGAGGUCCCACGGCACCUUUGCUGCCGGAACCCCGAGUGGCUCUUCCGAAUCUACCAGGACACCAAAGUGGACAUCCCGUCCCUCAUCCAAACCAUACGGCGCGUAGUGAAGGGCCGGCCGGGGCCGCGGAAGCAGAAGUGGACGGUCAGCCUGUACCCCGGCAAGGUGCGGGAGGCGCGGUGCCAGGCGUCGGUGCAGGGCGCCUCCGAGGCCCGCCUCACCGUCUCCUGGCAGAUCCCGUGGAACCUCAAGUACCUGAAGGUGAGGGAGGUGAAGUAUGAAGUGUGGCUCCAGGAGCAGGGAGAGAACACCUACGUGCCUUACAUCCUGACCCUGCAGAACCACACCUUCACUGAGAACAUCAAGCCCUUCACCACUUACCUGGUGUGGGUCCGUUGCAUCUUCAACAAAACCCUCCUGGGACCCUUUGCAGAUGUGCUUGUGUGCAACACGUAGCGAGUGGGCCUGGCCAGGUGUCAGCAGGGUGGUUCCUCCAGCUCGGCAUCCCUGGGCCCACCAGUCCCUGGGGGUGGCUUCUGGGAAUUAUUUAUUUAUUGAGCAGCCCUGUGCCUCUGGGUCAUCUUACUGCAUUGGAGGUGUGGGGUUCCCAGCGCACCUCUUUGCACAGGUAUGAUGGGGCCUCCCCACCCCCUUCUCCCAUCCUGAGCAUCCGACCCCUGGAGAAGGUCCUUAUGGGGAGGAGGAAGAGAGGGUAAGAAUCCCAAAGAACCUCUGGCUCAGUGAUCAUGCCCUUCCCUAUGGAGUGUUUCUGGUUGGUAUCCGGGUUUUUGGAAGCUGCAGGUAAUCAUGUGGUUGUUCAGGCGGGAGGCACCUCAGCUUCCAUCAUCAUGAAAUUCACCUAUAGCCCCUGUGAAGGGUGUGUUUGGAACAUUCAUUAAAUAAUUAUAAAUAUCGUG